AUGUCCUUCAUGUUUUCUGACCUUUUCUCUCAGAUCAGUUUUAUUAAAUCUACAGGAUGAAAAGAGACUUCAGCUAACUAGCAAAGUUAACAAGCUAGGGUAACUGGUUAACUAGCGAAGUGACCUAGUUAGCUAAGUUAUCAGCAUGAAAGAGAUAACCAAGAUAAUAGAUAUACUAUAACCUCUAUUUGUGUUUAGUACUUGUGAAGCUGUUUUCUGAAUGGAGCUCUGAUCGAUCAGUGCUAAGCUAACAUUGUAGCAGCUCCAUCAACACUCAAUAUAACGUUAUAUAGACGUAAAUACAGCAUCAUUAUUAUUUAUACCAUCUGGUUGAUACACAGUUUGAUCUCUACUAAUAUGAGGUAUCGUAGAGAUCUGAACACAGGCGGAUACAGUAUGAAGUCAGUGAUGACAGGAGGAGCAUCUCAACACUGAUAGGCUAUCAGGAGGAGCAAAAUAACACCCAUACAAUAACACAACACACACACAAUAACACAUACAACACAUUCAUGACGUCACACAAACUCAAACACACAGAUGGAUUCAUGACGUCACUCUGGUCGCUGCUGCGGACUUGUUGUUCUAAUGCUAAGCUAACAGCUAUCGCUGAAGAGGUCGCGCUGCUAAACUCUCUCCCGGUACCGUUCAUUAGCUCGGGUUAGCUCACAUUAACCCGGGUUAGCUCACAUUAACCCGGGUUAGUGGAGGAGGACGGGUUAGCUAGCCGCUUAGCUUCGUUAGCAUGUUCUAUAUAAUCGACCAGUGUUGUUAAUGUUAGCUCGUUAGCCUGAGAGCUAACGUUAGCUGUGGUUCUGUUGUAGGAUAUCUUAAGACAUUAUAUCUAAUAAUGUAAUAUAAUAUCCAGAGUUAUUAUUCCCGUCAUGUCUCAGAACACGGAGCUAUGUUCCUCUGAGCUAACGCUAGCUGUUAGCCGGAGCUAACGGGAGUCUUUGUUCGGAGCCGGGUUGUGAUGUUAGCGUAGUUAGCCGGUAGAUUAGAGCAGACACAGAACAGUUAGCUGAUGCUAAGCUAACAAAGGACGUUCAUCGUGUUUUCCGAGCUUUGAGGCUGACAUGACGUCAGUGACCUUCAUCAUCUAAAGGGUUAUUAUGGCCCUCUGCCGAAGCUGCAGGCUCAGCCCUUCGGUGGUCUACUUGCUGGUCCUAUCAGGAUGCAUUGCUGCGUCUCAGAGGAAUGACAACGUCUAUGUGUCAGGGAUUUCUAACGCCUGUGGUGACGUGGCGGAGCUCCUGCGGGCGUCCAGCGGCGUCAUCACCAGCCCCGGUUGGCCCUUUCAGUAUCCGGCCAGACUGAACUGCAGCUGGAACAUCAGAGCGCGACCUGGAGACACCGUCACCAUCAGUUUUCAGGACUUUGACCUCCAGGGUUCCCAUCGUUGCUCGGCGGACUGGAUGUCCAUCAGCAGCUACAGGAGCCUGGAUGGGCUCCGGGUUUGUGGUUCCUCCUUGCCGCCACCUUAUAUCUCCUCCCAGGACCACGUCUGGAUCCACUUCCACUCUGACGACGGUCUGACAGGAAAAGGCUUCCGACUGUCCUACAUCACUGGUAAACCAGAGGCCUCCAGCUGUGACGUGGACCAGUUCCACUGCUCUAAUGGGAAGUGCGUCCCAGACUGGUGGCGCUGUAACUCCAUGGACGAGUGUGGAGACAAUUCGGACGAGGAUCUGUGCGUGGAGUCUCCAUUCUCUUUCCAGCCCUGCAGUCUGAAUCAGUUCCCCUGUCUGUCCCGGUACACCCGGAUCUACACCUGUCUGCCCCACAGCCUGAGGUGUGACGGCAGCAUCGACUGCCAGGACCUUGGGGAUGAGAUCGACUGUGACGUUCCCACUUGUGGAGAAUGGUUGAGGAACUUCUACGGCUCCUUCAGCUCUCCAAACUACCCCGACUUUUACCCUCCAGGAAGCAACUGCACCUGGCUGAUCGACACGGGAGACCACAGGAAGGUCGUCCUGAGGUUUACCGACUUUAAACUUGAUGGGACGGGAUACGGCGACUACGUGAAGGUCUAUGACGGCUUGGAGGAGAACCCUCGCCGUCUCCUCAGGGUUCUCACCGCCUUCGACUCCAGAGCGCCCGUCGCUGUGGUUUCAUCGUCGGGUCAACUCCGCAUUCACUUCUACGCCGACAAGAUCAAUGCUGCCCGAGGGUUCAACGUCACCUACCAGGUGGACGGGUUCUGCCUGCCGUGGGAGGUUCCGUGUGGGGGUAACUGGGGCUGCUACACCGAGCAGCAGCGCUGUGACGGGUACUGGCAUUGUCCCAACGGUCGUGAUGAGCUCAACUGUUCUUCAUGUCAGGAGGAUGAGUUCCCCUGUUCCAGAAACGGAGCCUGUUACCCUAGAUCGGACCGCUGCAACUAUCAGAACCGCUGCCCCAACGGUUCUGACGAGAAGAACUGCUUCUUCUGCCAGCCCGGAAACUUCCACUGCAAGAACAACCGCUGUGUGUUUGAGUCGUGGGUCUGUGACGCUCAGGACGACUGUGGUGAUGGCAGCGACGAGGAGAGUUGUCCCGUCAUCGUUCCCACCAGAGUCAUCACCGCCGCUGUCAUCGGUAGCCUCAUCUGUGGACUCCUGCUGGUCAUCGCCCUCGGCUGCACCUGCAAGCUCUACUCGCUGCGCAUGUUUGAACGCAGGUCAUUCGAGACGCAGCUGUCCAGAGUGGAAGCGGAGCUGCUUCGGAGAGAAGCCCCGCCCUCUUAUGGUCAGCUGAUCGCCCAGGGUCUGAUCCCACCUGUGGAGGACUUCCCAGUGUGCUCUGGGAGCCAGGCGUCCGUCCUGGAGAACCUCCGUCUGGCUGUCCGCUCUCAGCUCGGCUUCACCUCCCUGAGGCUCCCUUCCUCGGGUCGUCAUACCAACCUUUGGCGCCGUCUCUUCACCUUCUCGCGGUCACGGCGGUCCGGUUCUCUGGCUCUGGUCUCUGCGGACCUGGAGGACAGCGCCGGCACCGGGAGUUCAGGUUCAGACCUGCUGUCUCCGGACUCGGAUGACACGGACACGGAGGGCGAGCGGGGGAGGGGCGCAGUGGGCGGGCCUGUGGCCCCCCUCCCCCAGAAGACCCCGCCCUCCACCGCCGUGGAGGCCGUGGUGUUCGUGACAACCUCCGUGACGCCGACGCCCACCUGUGGGCGAGGCCGUGACCGGCUCAGAGAGACUCCGCCCCCCUCCAGCCCUGUCCCCGUGGUAACUCCCGGUCCAGAUCCUGAACGUCACAGUGACACCUCAGAGCUUCAGGCUCCACCCACCUCUGCCAUGCAGCGACUGGCCCAGAACUUGCACCACCUCGCCAGGAACUUGACCAGAACCAGCCAGAACCGGCAGGACCAGAUCUGGACCAAUCACAGUCCACUUCACCAGCUGGAGACAGGAAGAGGUGGGGCCGAGAUCACGGAGCAGCGAGAAAAUGGAGAAGAAGAAGAAGACGUGGAGCUCCUGAUCCCCGUCUCCGACUCUGACUCCUCCUUGCUGGUCAGCGACAUCCGACAACCACUGCUAGAACCGUAUCCCUCCUCUACCACAGGCCACGCCCACCGCCAUCACCGUGGAAACAGUAGUCGAAGAGGGCGGGACGGCCCGUGCGAACAUUGUGGGAUGGUCCACACGGCUCAGAUACCUGACGUCUGUCUGGAGGCCACAGGGAAGACAGAGAGCAGCGACGACGAGCUGCUGCUGCUGUGCUAACAAGCUAACUGACAGACAGUUAGCUAACACGCUGUUGUGCAGGCUAACUGACAGACUGAUACUACCCUGAUACAACAUCCACAGUUAGCUAUCAUGCGGCUCUGCUAACAGGCUAACAUGCUAAGUGACAGGCUAAAGGCCUUUUCACACCGGGAACAAAAAUAAUACAACGAAUAGAAAAUGCUGAAUAUUCGCUGGCGAUUUUUUUUAAUAUUUGAAGAUUCGUGCUCCGUACAUUCCACCGAAAUUUAAAAUCUCACAUUGUCAGUGUUCAAGACUCUGACAAUGUGGUCACGUUUCCUUUGAAGCGUCUUAUUGUAUCGAGUGUAAGUUCUGAGCCUCAUUGCAUUGGUUUGCAUCAUUCAUGACUGGACUGAAUCACGUGUGUUCAUUAUUAUGGGAUGGCCAAUACAAGGCCUCAUGGUCAGUUUAUGAUACGUCUCUAUGGAUAUAAAGACAGUGAGCUCAUGUGCUUCCAUAGCUGGUAAUUAAAAAAACA